AUGCGAAGACAAACAAGCAUGUUCACAAGAAUCAUCGUCUUGACGAUGUUUCUUUCAUUUCUGGUAUGUUUGUGCAGUUCCACAGACACCAUUACCUUUAACCACACUCUCAAAGACGGGGAUUUAUUAAUCUCUAAUGAUAAAUCUUACGCUCUCGGUUUCUUCACUCCCGGAAAUUCUACCUCCGGCAAGCGAUACGUCGGAAUAUGGUUCCAAAAAUUACCAGAACAAAUGGCCGUUUGGGUUGCUAACAGAGACAUCCCCGUCAACGGCACAUCCGGAAUCCUCUUCAUCGACAGCACCGGAAAUCUGGUCAUCCAAGACAGUAAAACUAAUGUUUCUGUCUGGAACACAUGUCUUUCUUUCCCGGCGAAAGGGAUAAAAGGUUAUUCAGUUCAGCUACAAGAAAUGGGGAAUCUGGUUUUGUAUCAUGACCAUCCGGAUAGACGGGAAACUCAAUGGCAGAGCUUCGAUUAUCCCACCGACACAUUGUUAGGAAAGUGA